CCACCUUGCGCAUGCGUCCGAGGUCCUGGAGGUACGCAGCUGUGUGCGGGUGGUCGCGGUGGGUGUGCAAGGCCGCGGUGGCUGCGUGACAUGCCUGCGCUACCAAGGCGCCUACUGGCCAGGAGAACGGAGCCUGCGAUAGAUCCUUUCGUAGCACCAGGUGUUCUAGCUCACUUGGAAAGACUAGAGACUCAAGUGAACAGAUCCCAUAAAGAGUUCGGAGAGCCACAGGCCAUGGAAAAUGCUCUUGGGACCAGGCUUCAAAAACUGAGACUUCUGCGAGAUAAGCUGAGAGCUGACUUGAAGCACCGGCAAGCCAGAGUCAAAGCAUCCACUGCCAAUGUAGACCGUGACCAAGCCUUGGCAAUCAGUGAGCAAGAAGUUUUGGAAACAAAACGGGAAAACAUGAAAGCCAUUCUGCAGGCAUAUCGUUUCACAGGGCUCAGUGGGAAGCUGACCAGCCGAGGAGUCUGCGUCUGCAUCAGCACUGCCUUUGAGGGGAACCUCCUGGAUUCCUAUUUUGUGGACCUCGUCAUACAGAAACCACUUCGGAUAGAGAGCCAUUCAGUUCCCAUCUUCAUUCCCCUAGAAGAGAUAGCUGCAAAGUACUUACAGACUGACAUUCAGCACUUCCUGUUUAGUCUCUGUGAAUACCUGAAUGCUUACUCCGGGAGGAAGUACCAGGCAGAUCGACUUCAGAAGGACUUUGCAGCCUUUCUUGCUGGGCCCCUGCAGAGAAACUCACUGUGCAACUUGCUGCAGUUUACUUACAAGGUGGAGCCAAGGAGUCAGUCCUUCCCAUUUUGUGCUAGACUGACAUACAAGGACCUCACAAUAACUCUACCAACUGAUGUCACCAUUACAUGUCAAGGGAUGGAAGCAUUAUCCACUUCGUGGGAAGAACAGCGAGCAUCCCAUGAAAAUCUGUUUCGUACGAAGGCCCUACACAAAGUAUUUACUUCGUUUGUAAGAGAAGGAGAAAAGUUGGAUAUCAGCAUGACUUCCUAAAAUAUUUUCCCUGGGAACACACCAGAAAAAUAAACUCCCCCACUCCCACCCAACCAGGUAAAAGGAAAUAUUGCACUUUCUGCUCUCGUGACUAAGGUGACGGGUUCCAGAAGAACCUUUCAAGAUUAUCAGGAACAUCAGGACUGGGGCCAUUGAGCCUAUCCCAGACCACGUGGGGAAUCGGGUCUCCAGCUGGCACUCUUUCCUGGGUGAGAAGCACUGCCUGCAAGGUCCGGCCCGGAGCAGGGCCUCCCCACCUCUGCUCCCAGCCCAGAGGGAGGCAAGGGCAGCUCUGCUCCCCGAUGACACCUGCCUGCUCACAGUGGCCACGGCCUCUCAGGGAGAAGGUGCUGGAUUGGGAUGAGGGCUCAGGAAGGACUGUUCCGGGCUCCUACUCUCUGAGAACCAUGGCCACCUGGGAGCUCACAUGAUAUCCACGGACAAAUGGAGGCUUGAGGAGAUUUUUAAACCUGAAGUCUGUGUGUGUGUGCACUUCAACAGUCUGGGAAUGCUAGGACUUGUCUGUCCUUUCCCAAAGCUUUUCUCUGAUCCCAAAAAUUAAAUCCCCCCUUCCCACUGGACUGCUGUGGGGCGAGAGGCCCUUCAGGAGCUGUCCACCACCUGAUGGGGCAGGGUGACAGCGGGGCCGUUGUGGAAGGCUGCGGGCCUGUCGCGCCCCUUCAGGAAGAAGGUCAGCAGCUCCCCUUUCCCUUUCACAAAGAUAGGACCCCGCCUCACAAAGCGGAAGCCAUACUCUCGCAGGAUGACUUGUGUUUCUUCCACCACCUACAGAGGGAGAACAGAGGGGGAGAGCUCAGGGUUACAGAGUGGGGGGGGGGGGGUGCUGGGAGUGACCCAGAUCCUACUAACAUCACGUGAUCCCCGGGCUGCAGUCAGCGCUGGGCCCAGAGCACUCUUCUUCAAACCUCCUGAGCCAAGCCCCUUCCACUCCACCUGCCAACAGGCUUGGGACAGAGGCAGUGGGCCACAGGGUGACGUGCCUGGGGCCCUCCAUGGCUGGCACUCUUAGUCCUUUCUCUCCUAGGAGGACAGCAGAGGUCGCCUGUGUGGCAGCGCUCUUGUCUGGGAACUUUCCCUCUCUGCUUUUCUGUUCCCUUACCCAUUUCAUAGAGCUUUUCUGGCAAACUCAGCUGAUACAGUAGGCUUGCUUGGGGGUGGGGGAAACGACUGGAGGCACAAAGUGUCAGGAAGUUGAGAUGCAAAUCAGAAUACCCCUACCCAGAAUUUGUAAUUGGGUUGUGGAGUAUUUCCUCCCUUCUGCUGAGGCUGGCUCUAGAAGCCUCUCUUCCCAGGCAUCCCCUUGCUUUCACAGCACUGCUGGCUCCGUAUUUGGGCCAACAGACAAAGGGAAGGCAGCUUCAGCGGCAAAACGCGUGCUCUCCCGAGUUCAUUCCCAUCCCCUGAAUGUAGCAAGCUCAGCUCCGCUGCUGGACUUACUUGAAUGUUGCCCAUGACCCCAGUGGACUCCAUCCUGCUGGCUACGUUGACCGUAUUGCCCCAGAUGUCAUAGUGGGGUUUCCGGGCUCCAAUGACCCCAGCCAGGACCCCUCCUUUGUUCAUGCCUGGGGAAAGAGGCAGAAAGUUCAGCCUGGCCACACGCCACACCUGGUCCUUCCCACUCUGCUAGCUCCCCUCCUGUGAGACUCACCACCUGACCCCAACCACAAAUCUCUUAAUUAUAAAGCACCAUCAUAUUUCUUGUCAAACUUGCCUCUCUAAACUCAACUCUAAGCUGCCAGAGGGCAGAAAUCUUUGCCCCUCUUUAUCCUGUUCUCACCAUGUGCUUGACAAGUGUCAGACACCCCCAGUAUGCAAAUUAUUCACUGGGUCCCAGCACCAGUUUCUCUACUACAGGUCCUCCACACCCUCACCCGGGCAGAGUGAGGUCCCCUCCCCAUCCUGUCCUCAGUGUUUGCGGUAGCGGGUGACAUGAACCUCUGAUGGGCUUUCAAAGGGUGAGCUUGACUGAGGCGAGCAAAGCCAUCAGCAGGCACAGAAACUCUCUUGGGAAGGGAGCAAGGAACUGUGACAACCCAGCCAGCUGAGAAGGAAAGCAGGGCUAGCAUCGUAGACGGUAUGGGCAGAGCUGACUGUUCCUUCAGCUCUGAGUGUGUUUGAUCAUCUAGAAAAGAGACCGGAUUCAAGGUUCUUAGGGUCCUGUCCAGCUCUCAGAGCCUAUGAGUCCCCCCAGCCUGGACGCCCCAGCUCCUUCCAAGCGUUGAGCCCUUCCUAAUGGUCUGUCCUGGGUGCGAGGGGCAGGUGAGCCUGCAGCCCUUACCUAUGCGCAGCAUGAAGUUGUUGAAGGACUGGUUGUUGAUGUUUGUGAGUGUGUCCUUCAUGGCCAGUGCAAAGUCAGCCAGGUCGGCCAGGUGCUGCCAGCGCUCCUUGUCUGACUUCUCUUCCUGGGCAGAGGGCCAAGGGCAGAGGGCAGGCCUCAGCAGCCCGGCCUGCCCCCUCCUUCCUUCUCUGAACAUCAGCCUGGAGGUGGAUUCCUAACCAUCGGUGGCAGCAACCUCUAGGUUCACCUGGGUGCCACCCGCAGGUCUAGGCCAAGGCUGGCCCGUGGGCACAGGGUUUACCACUCGGUGGCUCCCGUCUGCUGUCUCUUUGACUAUGGGCCAGGUCCCCUCACCACCUCGUUCGAGCCUUGUCUGUAUGUUUCCUGUACUGGCCCCUGUUCCAAUUCCUCAACUAAGUGAUGAGCGAGAUGGUGCUGCUUUAACCAUGUGCACCAGAUGGGGAGGGCAGCAGCCCAGCUCGGACAGUCGUAAAGAUGAAACAGGAAGAAUAAGAGAGCAUGUGUGGUCUACUGGUCUCUGCUCGUAACCUUUCCUCCCUAUUUGCAUGGCGUGGUGCUGGCGGUGUGUGUGGUGACCCCUGUACACAAUACGUGACUUCUGCUGCUCCUGCAACUUCUCAUCUUCACAAGCUAGGAGGGGGCUGCCUCUCUGUGCCUCAGGGGCAGGGCCCAGCUCCCCUCUCAAGCCACUGAGGGUGGUCGGUUACCUUGUUGGAGCCGGUGAAGCCAUUGGUGUUGACGUCCGGGGUGACUCCCGAAGCUGCCAUGUAGGUGCUGCCAAUGGUUUUGAUCUUGGUGAUGACCCGGAAUUUGGGAUUGUCCAGCAGCUGAGGCCAGGGGAAAGGAAAAAGGAAUGGUCAGCACAGUCCAGGGAGAUGAGUGAGCCGACUUAACGGCAGACCCCACAGAACACCCGAGGUGCUUUUCUGUAAAAGCUCGCUUUAUUCAGCCACUCUUCUGCCAUUUGAUCCUGGGCAAAUUUCCUAAUUCUCUGAGCCUCAGUUAAUACAACCUUAACAUUGGCAAAAAAUCGCCAGUUGCCUAGGGAGGUUGAUCAUGCACGUAAGAACAUUUUCCCUGACGUACGGGUUACCCAACAGAUGGUUACUGAAACUGAAUUUGAGGUUGCAGGAGUCGAGGGGCUGGUCCUUACCCUGUGAACCUGUGGGUGAUUCCCCAGGCCCAUGCCUCACCCCCCAGACCUCACGGUCCCAGGUCGUGGCAGAAGUCCCAGCAUCGCCAGGAGGGCUUGUCUGGGAGAGUGUAGCCCAUCUAGGGCAAGCCUCUCACUUCUCCGACUUCCGCAGCCCACCCUGGGGCGUGAUCGGCAAUGGGGGAGCUUCGUGGCAGGAGGAGGGGGCAGGAUGGGAACUCACGGAGUCGAAAUCGGAGAUGAUCUCGUUGAGGAAGCGCAGGCACUCGAUGCCCCCAUUGUUGAUGCUCUCCUCCGUGUAGAAGUCGGCAAAGUUGGGCAGGGAGGCAAACAUGACCCCGAUUUCGUCAUAGGACUGGCUAUAGAGCUCCUGGAAAGGGACAGGGCCACAGCGACCAAAGAACGUUUGACAGGACAGUGCGAGAGAACCGAGCCCAUCCUCCACACGCAGUUCCCACGCUGGGCUCCUUGGGCACACACCUCUCCCAGAUCAUCCCAGCUCUGAAAAAUCAGAAACUAGCUUCUCUCGUCCCUCCACAACCCUAGCUGUGAGGAGGAAGGUCCAGUGCCGGGAAGGGAGGCCUAAGACCAUUCUGUUUUGAGAUCAGUUGACUGAAAGCUGGGCUUGGCCAAGGCUGGUCUUGUGAAAUGGGGCCUCACAGAGAAGUGUGGCCAUGGGUCACAGACCAUCCCUGAUAGUGACCUUUAUAAAUGGGCCUCUGAGAUUCUCUUCUGUU